UUACUAGUGACGCGCUCUACCAACUGAGCUAAACGGGACUCGUCAAUUCACCGGACCAAGAAGACUGACUGUUGUGUUGGGGCCAACGGAUCGGAUCAGAACUUUGCGGACGCACAGCUUGUGCAUAACGUUGAACGGAGUCAAGGACGCAAGUCAGACCGUCAGUAGGCCAGCAGCUAUCAGCAACGAGCCCUUAUAUCACAUUAUGGGGGCUUAUUACGACGAGAUUGAAAUUGAAGAUAUGGCGUGGGAUGAGGUAAAAGGCGUCUACCACUAUCCCUGUCCCUGCGGUGAUCGCUUCGAAAUCUCUCGCAAGCAGCUUUCAGACUGCGAGGAUAUCGCGACGUGUCCGAGCUGCAGCCUAAUCAUUAGAGUUGUCUAUGAUCCACUUGAUUUUGAGGACGAACCUCCAGAUGAUGAGGGGUCUGCGUCGGAGGAAAGUAAAGAAAAUGAGGAGGAAGAUGAAGAUAGCGAUAGCGAUGCCGACCAGUUCGAGGAUGCUCUUGAGAAGCUUACUCUAACUGAGCCAUCGGCGGACGUAGUUGCAGCGGCAGCAUGAGAGAUUAAUUUUCCCGCACAUUCCGUUUCGAUCAUUGCUUCCGAUGGUGCUGGAUGAUAUUCUAUGGCACACCAAAAUUACAGUACUAAUGCAUCACUGACAAGCCUAUACCGGCCUGUGCUCUGUUGGACAUAGGAUCCGU